UAGGCGGUACUUGCUGUAUUUGAAUAAGAACGAUGUCACACCUAUAAACCGUCUCAUUCUCCUUGAAAGAUUUUGUCUGACACCGCUCUCUACACUUAAGCGACAAAAUUCAAUUUAUUUUAUCCGACGAAAUGGCAGACAAGAUCUUGGAAGAACUUCGGAUUAGUUUGAAGAACGGUUUGACCGAGGCCGUCAUCAAGAAUCUGGUGGAUGAUCUUCGUGAGGGCGGAGUAUUGAACAGGGACGAGACGGAAGAUAUACUGCAGAAGACCAAAAACCGACCGGAUCAGGCUCGUGACCUGAUUGACAGUGUGAAAGUAAAGGGACGUGAAGCAAGCAAGCGUUUUUUUUCCUCCUUGGAAAAUAAUGACAAAACUCUUUACGAAACCUUGACAAUAGCCAACCGUUUAGAAGCACUUCUACCUAAGGCAACAGCGCCCUCUAGUGCCAGACAUGAGACCACAGAUGAACAAAAAAAUGAGAGAGAAGAGUACAAAAUGGAGAGUUUGCCACGUGGACUUUGUGUUAUUAUAAAUAAUGAGAACUUCAAAAACCCUAAAAUGAAGAGGCGGGGUUCCGAUUUUGAUGUUGUCUCUCUUCAGAUAGUGUUUAAAUUUUUGGGCUUCGUGGUGGAGAAGCAUAACGAUUUGGAUGCCAACGAGAUAAAAUGUCUCAUGACAAAAUACAGUAAGGAUGGCCGUCAUGGGGACUGCUUUGUCUGCUGUGUGCUGAGUCAUGGAGACCAGUAUGGUAUCCUUGGGAAAGAUGAGGAAAGGUGUACCUUUAAGGACAUAAGAUCACCGUUUGAUGGAGUCAACUGUCCCUCUCUUGUUAACAAGCCAAAAGUGUUCUUCAUUCAGGCAUGUAGAGGUAGUGAGACGCAGAAAAAAGUUUUGGUUAAAACAGACGCUUCGGGAGGUGAACCUGACCAAGAAUCCGAUCAUGUCACGGAUGAUUACACCAUUGCUAGUGGUUCUGAUUUUUUGACAGUCAUGUCUACGGUCGAAGGAUGUCGUGCAAUGCGAGAUCCAUCAAGUGGAUCAUGGUUUAUACAGUCCCUCUGCCAGUAUUUAAAGGAAGGAAGCCAACGGAGUGAGGACAUCUUGAAGAUCCUCAUUGAUGUCAAUGAUGAUGUAAGCAAGAAAGAGGCAAAUGUAAUGAUUGACAGGAAGAUAAUUGAUGCCAAGCAGAUUCCACAACCCCAGUUCACUUUGAGGAAAACUCUUAUUUUCAGAGUUCCUAUGGCUCAGUCUACUGGUUAGAAGAUGAUACACACCUCCGUCACUGUCACUUAAAGAAGAAAAGAAAAUCGACAUCAUUCUCACAGUUCACAUUCCUGUGAAGAUCAACAGCACAAAAUAAUUUCCAGUCUAAUACUUUGUUUAUAAUUGUUUAGUUAAAAAUACAUUUAAUCACAUAAUUUUUUUUAUUUUCAGAUUUAUGAAAAAAAUCCUGUUUUAUUGUUUUGUAUAAAUGGCUUUUUAAAGGUGCAGGUUGUGCUUUUUGCAGUAAAAUAUCCAAAAACCACUAGGUGCCACUUGUUGCAACAGGGUUAAGCUCUAGACGUCUUGGUGGAAACUUCCCGUGACUUUUAGAAUGUGGAUCCACCUGAGGUCCUGAGCACAUAAGGCAGUGAAAGAUGUCGGUGAAAUCAUAUAUAAAACAUUUCUGAAGAUACCUGACUCUGAAUGAUCUAUAUAUACAGUACCUUACAUUGACCUAAUUUAGCAGAAAAAAUAACUUUUUUGUCUUAAGCAAGAGAUCCCACAUUACCCCUGUUCUUAAGGACCUUCAUUGGCUCCCUAUUGCUUGUAGAGUGCAGUUUAAAAUUUAGUAAUGAUUUAUAGAGCCUUGCAUGGUCAGGCACCUUCCUAUAUUCGGGAUCUAUUGUAUGUACAUUCUCCUGGUCGGUCUUUAAGGUCCUCUGAACGGGACCUUCUGAUUAUCUCUAGAACACGUCUUAUGACGAAAGGUGACCAUGCUUUCUGUGCUGUGGCACCAAGGCUAUAGAACUAUGUCCCUCUAAUUCUGAGAUCAAGUGGCUCUGUAGACUCUUUUAAAAAACAUCUAAAGACGCACCUUUUUGGAAAAGCUUUUAAUUAAUAUACAGUUGGGCGGUUAUUAAAUUCCUGAGACAUUCUUUCUAAAAAUGUUUUUAGUUUAUAUUUUCUUAUACGUAUGUUUGAUUUGUUUUUCUGAUAGCGUUGUAAAGCACUUUGGGAUUCCUUGUCUGUGAAAGGUGCUAUAAAAAUAAAUACAUUUUGCUAACUAACUAAA